AUGGUCAGUCUGUCGGGUCAGAGGUGUCGGGUCAGAGAGGUGUCGGUCAGAGAGGUGUCGGUCAGAGAGGUGUCGUCAGAGACGUGUUGGGUCAGAGAGGUGUUGGGUCAGAGAGGUGUCGUCAGAGACGUGUUGGGUCAGAAAGGUGUUGGGUCAGAGAGGUGUCAGGUCAGAGAGGUGUCGUCAGAGAGGUGUCGUCAGAGAGGUGUCGGGUCAGAGAGGUGUCGUCAGAGAGGCGUCGUCAGAGACGUGUCGGGUCAGAGAGGUGUCGUCAGAGAGGCGUCGUCAGACGUGUUGGGUCAGAGAGGUGUCGUCAGAGAGGCGUCGUCAGAGACGUGUUGGGUCAGAGAGGUGUCGUCAGAGAGGCGUCGUCAGAGACGUGUUGGGUCAGAGAGGUGUCGUCAGAGAGGUGUCGUCAGAGAGGUGUCGGGUCAGAGAGGUGUCGUCAGAGAGGCGUCGUCAGAGACGUGUCGGGUCAGAGAGGUGUCGUCAGAGAGGCGUCGUCAGAGACGUGUCGGGUCAGAGAGGUGUCGUCAGAGAGGCGUCGUCAGACGUGUUGGGUCAGAGAGGUGUCGUCAGAGAGGCGUCGUCAGAGACGUGUUGGGUCAGAGAGGUGUCGUCAGAGAGGCGUCGUCAGAGACGUGUUGGGUCAGAGAGGUGUCGUCAGAGAGGCGUCGUCAGAGACGUGUUGGGUCAGAGAGGUGUCGUCAGAGGCGUCAUCAGAGAGGUGUUGGGUCAGAGAGGUGUCGUCAGAGAGGUGUCGUCAGAGAGGUGUUGGGUCAGAGAGGCGUCGUCAGAGAGGUGUUGGGUCAGAGAGGUGUCGGGUCAGAGAGGUGUCGGGUCAGAGAGUGUGUCGGGUCAGAGAGUGUGUGGGGUCAGAGGUGUCGGGUCAGAGAGGUGUCGUCCGAGAGGCGUCGUCAGAGAGGUGUCGGGUCAGAGAGGUGUCGGACAGAGUUUCGGGUCAGAGGUGUCGGGUCAGAGAGGUGUUGGACAGAGAGGUGUCAGGUCAGAGAGGUGUCGGACACAGAGGUGUUGGGUCAGAGGUCACGCUCAGCACCAGUCACAGCUUUAACAGUCAGAUCGCUCUAA